CAACAGUCGGCAGUAAUCAGUUUACAUUCUGCGGCAGUAUCACUAGAUAUUUUAUCGGUGUUACUAAUAAAAUUACAAUACGUCUUAUAACUCAUAUUUUACGCCGAUAUUUUUAUGUGCAGAAACGUAUAAGAUAAAAAAGAGAUAUAAUUGACAAAAUAUAAAUUAUAAAACCCAAUUUGUGGUCGAUGAUGUAAGCAAAAUUAUUAAGGAAGCAAUUGAAGUAUCCAUUGGUGGAAAUGCUUAUCAACAUAACAAAGUUAAUCAAUGGACAUCAAACGUUGUCGAAGGAUGCUUGGGAAAUCUUACAAAACUUCAAAAACCUUAUAAAUAUAUAGUGACUUGUACUAUAAUGCAAAAGAAUGGAGCAGGAUUGCAUACUGCAAGCUCAUGCUAUUGGGAUAAUGCCACUGAUGGUAGUUGUACAGUUCGUUGGGAGAACAAGACAAUGUAUUGUAUUGUUUCUGUAUUUGGUCUAGCAAUUUAAUUGGUCUUAAUUAAAUUUAUCAAGCUUCAUAUACAUACACUAAAAUCUCAAGCAAAAAUAAAAUUUCGUUUAACAAAUUGCAAAAAUUAUAAUAAUUAUGGUGCAGGAAAUAUAAAAUCUAUUUUACACAAUAGCUUUUUUCUUUUAGCAAUAUCAUGUAUUUUUUAUAUUACAAAUACAUUGCAUUUUAGAUACUAAUUAUUGUAUUUAUUAACUGAAAUAUUUUUUUGUAUGUAUAUAUAUAUAUAUA